ACAUAUACACCCGUGAGGUGUCAUUAUGCGUGGGGAGUGGGGUCUAUUUGACAUUCGUAUUUCAUAUAGGUAAAACUGUAUGUAAAUAUGAAAAUGUGAAAUUUUAGAUAGUAUGUUCUAGCUUUCUCUACAAAUGUUUUAUUUAGUCACUUUGCUGUUAGGCAGUCAUUAUGGAAGUGCUUGAUGUGAGUGAAUUGGUUUAAAGCUAUAACCGUAUUUUACAAAAUAUGUAGAAUACAGUCAGUCCAGUCAAAUAAGGUAGCAUUUGUGAAGAAAGAAAGAAAGAAAGAAAGAAAGAAAGAAAGAGUGCUUCGAGUGUCGGCCCCCGGGCUGGAUGUCCGCAGUCUGCAGUGUGUGCUCUAGCGCGCGCGCGGACGACGACACAGCGCCACGCCACGGUCCCGCAAAGCAUAAGAAGAGCAGCAGUGCAGGGUACAUGUCACGUCAACCGUACCCACGGCCAACGGCAUCGUGGCAAGCUGCCUGCUAAACCGCCCGAGAACCGCUUUAGCGCUUUAGCACCCACCCCAGUACUUCAGAAAAAUCUCACAGUGCGUGGACAUGCCACGAGCGAGGGAAAACGGUGUCUCGCACCCUCUCGCUUCCGCAAGAACGCCGUCGGGGAGUCUGCGUGUUCCGGCGUCCGGGUGGCAAUGUGUCAGACCUGUCAGGGGAGAGUGCUUCGGACGCUUCCUUUCCAUUCACACACAGGCAUCGUGAAUAGCUAUAACUCACUGUGUGUCCAGAGAAGAGACUGCAUGCGGGUUAAACAGGGGGCUGCGCAGGGGAAUCCAAUCGGGGCCCCGUGUUACUCAUCUCGGAACUGAGUCUCCAUCGCUUUCGUUUCUUGCCACGACACUGACUGACUAAGUAGCCGCCGGCGGUGCUCUUCACGCGCGUCGAGCCGAGGAAGGAGGAUGCAAGUCAAGAAGCCACGGUGUUCGGACGCGACGACGAGCACCGGGCACGAGCAGACAGAUGAGAGCCAGAAGAAGACCUCGUGUUUCUCCAGCAUAAAGAUCUUCCUCGUGUCUGAAUGCGCUUUAAUGCUGGCGCAGGGCACGGUCGGGGCGUACCUGGUGAGUGUCCUGACUACUCUGGAGCGGCGGUUUAACCUUCAGAGCGCGGAUGUGGGUGUGAUCGCCAGCAGCUUCGAGAUAGGGAAUCUGGCCUUCAUCCUCUUCGUGAGCUACUUCGGGGCGCGAGCCCAUCGGCCGCGCCUGAUCGGCUGUGGUGGCAUUGUGAUGGCGCUGGGAGCCCUGCUGUCGGCACUGCCUGAGUUCCUGACCCACCAGUACAGGUACGAGGUGGGCGAGGUCUGGCACGUGGAGGAGAGCCGUGAUGUGUGCUCCAACAACUCACGGACUGAGGCCAGAGACCUCGGUGCAGUGUGCGGGAACCGGACAAACACCAACAUGAUGUACUUGUUGCUGAUUGGGGCCCAGGUGCUGCUGGGGAUCGGGGCCACCCCAGUGCAGCCACUGGGUGUGUCCUACAUUGAUGACCAUGUCCGCAGGAAGGACUCAUCCCUGUAUAUAGGUAUCUUGUUUUCAACACUGGUUUUUGGGCCUGCCUGUGGUUUCAUCCUAGGCUCACUUUGUACAAAAUUCUACGUGGAUGCUGUUUUCAUCGACACCAGCAUGCUGGAGAUCACCCCAGAUGACCCCCGCUGGAUCGGAGCCUGGUGGGGAGGCUUCCUCUUGUGCGGUGCCUUACUCUUCUUCUCUGCGCUCUUCAUGUUCGGCUUCCCACAAUCCCUACCAGAGCAUGACACAGACCCUGGAGGCAAGAGCGAGAGAGCCAUGCUCCCGGAUGGCCUGGCGUCGGAUUAUGAGCACGGCAAGCCCAGCAAUGGGUCCGUACAGGGCCAUGAGCCUGGGACUAGUCUCUCCUGCUGCCAGCAGCUCAGAGUAAUUCCCAAGGUGACCAAGCACCUUCUUUCCAACCCUGUGUUCACGUGCAUCAUCCUGGCAGCUUGCAUGGAGAUUGCCGUGGUUGCUGGCUUUGCUGCCUUUCUGGGAAAGUACCUCGAACAGCAGUUCAACCUCACCACAUCCUCAGCCAAUCAGCUUCUUGGCAUGACAGCCAUUCCAUGUGCCUGCAUGGGGAUAUUCCUGGGAGGACUGCUGGUGAAGAAGCUGAGUCUGUCUGCCCUGGGAGCUGUCCGCAUGGCCAUGCUUGUUAACCUGGUCUCCACUGGCUGCUAUGUGUCCUUCCUUUUCCUGGGCUGUGACACUGGUCCUGUUGCUGGGGUGACCAUCGCCUAUGGGAAUGAGAAAUUGCAAACAGGGCAGCGACCUGAGGCUGCCUGCAUCCAGAACUGUAACUGCUACACGGCCUCUGUUAGCCCUGUGUGUGGAUCAAAUGGAAUCACUUACCUGUCUGCAUGUUUUGCCGGCUGCACCCUAGCCAACCUGACCGGCUGCUCGUGCAUAUUGGCUGACAGCGUGAACAUGACCGCCAUCCCGGGGAAGUGCCCCAGCCCUGGGUGCCAGGAGGCAUUCCUCAUUUUCUUGUGUGUCAUCUGUGCCUGUAGCAUGAUUGGAGCCAUGGCUCAGACGCCCUCUGUUAUCAUUCUCAUCAGAACUGUAAGUCCAGAAUUGAAAUCAUAUGCUCUUGGUGUUCUUUUUUUGCUGCUACGACUACUUGGUUUCAUCCCUCCUCCCCUUAUUUUUGGUGCGGGAAUUGACUCAACAUGCCUCUUCUGGAGCACGGUGUGUGGGGACCAGGGAGCUUGCAUGCUAUAUGACAAUGUAGCCUACAGACACCUGUACGUGAGCAUUGCAAUUGUACUCAAGUCCGUUGCCUUCCUCCUUUACACUACUACCUGGUGGUGUCUACGUAAGAACUACAAGAAGUACAUCAAGAACCAUGAGGGUUACUUGACCCCCACUGAGCUCUUCCCCUCUAAUCUCACACUAGACAAUUUGGGGAGGGACAUCAGCCAAACCCCAGCCAAUAGGACAAAGUUUAUAUACAACCUGGAGGACCAUGAGUGGUGUGAAAACAUGGAGUCUGUUUUGUAAAGCUCAAUGAAUAAUGGGACUACUGCUACGUAUUUUAUUAUUUUAAAGAAUCCAAAUACAGUUCUGUAUUCUUUUUCUUUUUUUAAACAAAAAAAAAUUGUUUUUAAAAUUCCAUUCAUUUUAAGCCUCGUUCCUGAUGUCGACAUGUUGACUGCUACAGUUGUUUUCUCUGGAAUCAGACAGACUUAUUAUUCAGCUCUUCCGGUAGUGGCCUCCCUUUCCUCUGACAGUCAGUGAUAAACAGCCAUUGGCACAUUCAGUCCUGAUCUCGCUGGUGAUCUGCAGGGUUCACUGCUUCAGCUGCCAACUCACAUACGGAGUCAUUCAGUGGCAUUGGUAACCAUGUGCUUGCUUAUAAUUACACCGAGGGUCAUUCACUAAUUUUAAUUUUUUAGGGUUGAAUUCCUUCAUUUCAAAUAGUUAAGAAGUGUGAGUUUGGAAAAAUAUUUAAUGUCCUUUAAUGUCAGUAAAAGUUGAGAGAAUUGGUUUUAACUAAAGGCCAACUUUGUAACAUUAUAUCAUAUAUUUCAGAUGUGUUUCAGGUAUGUAGUUUCUUCAGACAUAAAUCUCUUUU